UUGGAGUUGGGGAGGUGUGUGUGUGUUGGGGGGGGCAGGGCAUUGACUGAGAAAGAGAGAGCGCCGAGAGAUUCGCGCCUCACAUUUGUGCCAGGCGGCCCUGCGGAGAGGACCUGACAGGGAUCACCGUGCGCGUUGGCUUCUGUGAAUUUGCACGUGACCGGAGGGAAGGGGACAAAGAGAAAGACGUCCCAAAAAUAGUCAGAUCCUUCCAGGAAACCCUGCAUCACUCAUCAGGAGGACUGAGCAAGAAAGCCCCUUUUAUUACUGGUGAGGGAGAAGAUUCGGGAUAUUCUCACGUUGGCAGUGAGGGAAAAGAGGAGAGCAGAAAUGGCAAGUGCGAUCAUGAGAAGAAACUCCAACAAGCAGGGUCUACAGAACCUGCUCAGAGUGACCGCUCAGCGAAGCAUGGAGGAUGCAGAGGAGAUCGAGCGAGAGCGGCGACGUCGAGCUCGAGAGUCCAUCAGGCAGCGCAACAGCCAGAUUGGCACCGAGGAGGCAUCGCUAGAUGGAGGGUCUCCAGCUGACGAUAGCCCGUACGAGAGCAAGGUGAAGCCCAGCUGCCAGUCUGCCCUGGAGGAGGAUGAGGGCUUCAGUGACUGGACCCAGAAGUUGGAGCGGCACCGGCAGCAGAGGCUGGAGGAGCAGAAUGCAGCUGAGGAGGAUGAGAGACGUGGCACGAGUGGAACUGCCACGGUUACAGAGGGGUGGCAGCAGCGGCGGCCGCACUGGGGCGAGGAUGAGGACCUGGGGAGGAGGGAAAGCGAGAGCAGUCGAAGGAGGAAGGAGCAGGAUGAAGAGGAACAGAGACAGGAGGAGCUGCGGAGACAGAGGGAGAGGGAACGAGAGGAGGAGGAGAGGCAGAUUGUCAGGAAGCAAGAGGAGGAACAAAGAAGUAUUGAGGAAAAGCCAAAUGAGAAGAGGAAAGAGAUGAAGAUCUCCUACACCUCCAAGGUCUUCCUGCAGCAGGAAACAAGGCAUGUCCACACCAACGGGGACACAGCCAGUGUGGAAGAGACACCGCUCAUGAAAACAAAGCGGUCCCCAAGGAGCCUAGCACAGGAGCAUGACGAUGAGGCAGAGGUCUUCCUGGAGACAGAGCAGAAGCUGGAGAAGAUCCGGCGCAGCCACCAGGAGAAGGAGAGCCAGGAGCUGGAGCAGCUGAGACAGCGGCAGGCCGAGUCUGAGGCAGAGCUGGAGGAGCUCAAGAAGAGGAGAGAGGAGCGGCGGAGGAUCCGUGAGGAGGAAGAGCGUAAGAGGGAGGCUGAGGAGCAUCAGCGGCACAUGAAAGAGGAGGAAGAGAGGAAGCAGAUGAAGGAGGACAUCGAGAGGAGGCGCAUGCAAGCAGCGGAGAGGAGGAUGAAGACUCUCAGCGUCUCCAGCAACGAAGGCGAUGAGCCGUUCUGCCCAUUGAGCCCCAAGAGCCCCACGUUUAAGAAUGAGAGUGAAGAGAGGGUGGCAGCAGAAAAUACCUACUCGAUCACCGAGAGGACUGAAUCUCUGAAUCGAUCCCUGAAGAAAAGCAACAGUAUUAAAAAGACUCAGCCCCCGGUUCUCGUUACCAAGAUCGAUGAUCGGCUUGAACAGUACAGUCACGCCAUUGAGACCUCUACCAAGGAAUCCAAGGGAGGCAAGCAGGUUUUGAUGGACAUUCCCAGCCCUCCAGAACCCGUCGCCUCCAAAAAGAACCUCUUUGAGGCUGGGGAGGCCUGGAGUCAAAACGCCUUCAAAGGCACCCCAUCUAAGGAUGCAGAGGGUCUGAAGGUGGGCGUGGCCACCCUCAUCAACCAAUGGGUCAAGGGGAACGUGGAGAGCGGCAAUAAGGGUGCCCCCGCCAAGUCCACCGACGUGAAAGCUGGGGAUGUUUUACAUAAAAAGAACAUGUGGGAGACCAUUGGAGACACCUCCUCCACUGGGAAAUGGACACCAGGGAGCAAGGGAACUCCGUCAGGGAAAAGGUACAAAUUCAUUGUGACAGGCCACGGAAAAUACGAGAAGAUUCCAGUCAGUGAUGACAAUCACAGCGAGUACACAAAUGGGAAAUCAGCUAAUAUCUACCAUGGAGAUUCCUGAAAAGUGGAAGAUGGAAACUGAGUCUUAGCAAGACAACAAUGUUAAUUUAUGGUGUUACUGAUUCAGACUAUAUUUCUGUGUCCUGUCUAUGGACAUUGUCAUGUCCCUCCUGCCAGUUCCUACAUCAGUAGCACUUUUGUUAGAGUGGGACAAGGCUUCACGGAUACCUUCUACAAACGGAUCCCUUACCUUCCGCCGCAGUGCUAUUUGCUGCUUAGCUACAUGCGUACUGGCUGCCUUAACUGCGAACGUGCUGAAGCUCAUGUGAUAAACUACUCCACCCUUCCACCGCACUGUAUUCAGUUAUUUAGUUUAAACCUGUUUACUAGGUUUUAUGUAUAUAAAGAAUAUCCUAUUUUUAUAAGUAAAUUGUGUAAGUAAAUUCCUUCUUCAGAAUUCAUCACUAAAAAUGUGGGGUGGAAUGGGUUUAUAUAUUGACAAAUUUAAAGACCCACCUAUCAGUUAAUAUACAUAACUGUGCAAAAAGACAUACAUUCAGCAUGCAAACAGCUUUCAUUUUUAAACAUUUUUAUUCAGUGAUGAAAAAGUGGUCCUUGUUAUCCCUCAUUUAUAGGUUUGUAGGGCACAUUCAGGGCUUCUUAGACUCUUCUAACUAUUGUAUUCCACAUUAACCCGGAAGCCCAUGUGCAGAGUCCUGACUAGUUUUUCUUUUAUUUUACUUAUGUGGAGCUAUUUAUACGGUGAAGUGGGUACUAUUCGUAAAAACAAAUGUCUCUUAUAGGUUUUCAAUGCUAGUCCUACCAUCCCUGCAGUAUUCUAGGAGUGCUUACUCAGUGGUUAUAUGAGGGCCAUGCCAGGGGUGUGUCUCCCUUUGAGCCUACCCCCUGAAGAUGAGUGGGCGGAGUUAAUCAAUAACACAACUCCACCCUCAGCCUAUGUAACUGCUCCUAAGAUUUUCAUUUCCAGACUCAUGUUAGAUGAUAUAUUUUUGUAUCGCAGUGCUACUUCUGCUCCGAGCUUCACACUGGAUGUUUUUUUUACACUAUAAAUAUUUGUAUUCCACUUUUAAAAUGUAAGUUUGUUAUUGUUUAGAAUUUUAUUUUACAGCACAUUAGAAAUUUUGAAUGAUAUUAAAUCUCGACUAAAAGGUAAAUCUUAAUUCUUCCGAGGAUGUUAGUUUAGUCAGCAUUCUAUUCUGUGAUCUAUUGCUUGACUGUUUUUUUUUCUAACUGUAUACACAGCAGCAAGCAGAAAUUAUGGAUUUUUU